AUGAGCACAAUUAACGUCAAAAAGCUUAAAGUUAACGAGCUCAAGGACGAGCUGAAAAAGCGAAAUCUUUCGGACAAGGGGCUGAAGGCCGACCUGAUGGACCGCCUGCAGGCCGCGCUGGAUGAGGAGGCCCUCGCCUCUCCGCAGGAGCAGACAGCCGAGGCGGGUGACGGUUUCGAGCAGGCCGCCGACCAAGAGGGUAUGGCAGAAGAGGAAGAGGGAGACGGUCCCGUAGAAGAAAGCAUGGAGGCCAAUGAGGAGGAAGAGCCGGAGAGUGGGGGCGACGGCAAUGGCGUCGCCGUGGACGAAGAGAUGGGUGAGGGAGAAGAGGAAGGAGACGAGGACGAUGAGAUGGACCCCAUGCUCAAGGGAGACGUGGACGACAUGGAGAAAAUAGACACGGAAGACGGUGAGCCGGGAGACCAGGCUGCCGAGGGGGAUGCGGACAAAGACACGAAUGCUGAUCAGAAGAAUAAGAAGGGUGUUAAGAGACGCCGGGAGGAACAUGGAAGGGGCUACUUUGAAUUUAUUGAAGAGAACAAAUACAGCUGUGCCUCAUCCAAGUCUCCUGUUCCACCCUUGGAGGAAGAUGAUGAAGACUUUGAUGAUACAAAAGUCUGCCUGGAUAACUACAACUCUGACCUGCACUUUAAGGUGUCCCGUGACCGUUACAGCGCCUCAUCUCUCACAAUGGAGAGCUUUGCUUAUCUGUGGUCCGGAGGAAAGGCCACAUAUGGUGUGAACAAAGGCAAAGCCUGCUUUGAGAUGAAGCUUACUGAGAAGAUUCCAGUAAAGCACAUUUCCAGCAAGAACCUGGAGAUUCAUGACGUCCAGGUUGGAUGGUCCCUGGCAGCGGGCACGCUGCUCCUUGGUGAGGAGGAGCAUUCCUACGCCUACUCUGGAAAAGGCAAGAAGACCGCCAACUUUGUGACGGAGGACUUCGGAGAGACUUAUGAGGAGAGUGACGUCGUCUGCUGUCUUAUUGACUUUGAAGGGGAUGAAGUGGUGCUUUCGUUCUCGAAGAAUGGAGGCGAGCCAGCUGUCGCUUUCCAAGUCAGCAAGGAUUCCCUGAACGGCCAGGCCCUUUUCCCCCACGUCAUCUGCCGCAACUGUGCUGUGGAGUUCAACUUUGGCCAGCUGGAGAAGCCAUAUUUCCCCCAGCCCCAAGGCUACACCUUCCUGCAGCAGAUCCCUGUCAGCGAUCGAGUCCGUGCGCUCAAGGGGCCGCAGACCAAGGCUGACUGUGAGAUCAUUGUCAUGAUUGGUCUGCCGGGCUCGGGGAAGACAACAUGGGUGAAUAAGCAUGUCCAGGAGAACCCUGGGAAGUACUACAUUCUGGGCAGUGACACGAUUGUGGAAAAGAUGAUGAUCAGCAGCCUGAAACGCCAGUCAAAGGACAUUACAAAGCUGACUGCCAUUUCCCAGCGUGCACCACUUUUCUUGGGAAAAUUCAUUGAGAUCGCUGCACGCAAGAAGAGAAACUACAUCCUGGAUCAUACUAACCUGUCUGCCCCAGGCCAGAAGAGGAAGAUGUGUUUGUUCGCAGGCUUCCAACGUAAGGCUGUAGUUAUCUGCCCGUCUGAUGAAGACUACAAGGACAGAGUCCAGAAGAAAGUUGAGACUGAUGGCAAGGAAGUGCCUGAGCAUGCUUUACUCAAAAUGAAAGGCUUCUUCUCUCUGCCUGAGGAGGGUGAGAGCUUCAAUGAGGUCAUCUAUGCUGAGCUGCAGAAGGAGGAGGCUGCCAAGCUCCUGGAACAGUACAAAGAGGAAAGCAAGACGGCCCUGCCUGCUGAGAAGAAGCCAAACCAGGGAACCACAACGCCCAAACGAGGCGGAGGACAGCGCAGUGGUGGGCGUGGAGGCAAGAACCAGUUUGGUCGUAGCAGUGGACCUGGACAGAGAAGCGGUGGACGUGGAGGCUUCCAGAACAGAGGAGGCAACUUCAGAGGAGCUCCUGGACCUCGCGGUGGCUUCAACCGUCCUCCUCGUGGCUUUCUGCCUCCCCCAGCCUUCAGAGGAGGAUUCCCCAACCGUGGAAACUUUAGCCGGGGUGGUGGCCCCAUUCCUAGUCUGGGUGGAUCCCCCAGGGGUGGCCACAUGAGGGGCAACAUGGGACCCAGAGGAGGACACAUGAACAGAGGUGGUCCAGUGAACAGAGGGAACAUGAACAGAGGAGGAGGCGGAGCCAGCAUGGGUCGUGGUGGAAACAGGGGACAUCCCCACCAGUUUCAGCAGAGAGGAGGUGGCCGUGGUAACUUUGGCAACAAGAACAGCAACUAUGGUGGCAACAGGAAUGGCAUGGAUAAAGCCCAGGCCUUCAACCAGAGCUGGCAGCAAGGGUUCUGGAACCAGAAGCCUUGGAGCCAGCAGUACCAGCCUGGAUAUUACUAAGACAUUUGUUCUAAUGGACUGGUGGCUGACAAUGAGAUCCACCGCUAGCCACGGAACAUCCAUCCACUCCAACGUUUGAUUUCUCUUUCCUUUUGAACCCACUUUUAAUCAUCUGAAAACUCACCGACUGACAACCGAGACUAAAGCUUAAACGGAGCGACGACAUUCCAUCAGAGAGGCGGGCAGGCACCACGAGUGUGACUGAAGCUUUAUAUGUCAUCAUACAAAUGUACAGUGUGGGUUCAUCCUCAUCCAGUCAUCAGUUUUUCUUCUUUUUGUUGUAUAUUUUAUCCUUUUCCUCCACCUUUUUAAAUGCUUUUAAAAACAGUGUUUGUAAUAUCAGGAACCAGAAAAGAUGAGUCAGUCGGGCAGUUUUGAAGAGAGGGGGAUUUUUCUGUUGUUGUUUUUUGGUUGGUUUGUUUUGUUUUUGUUUUUUUUUUUGGUUUAUUCUUUCAGGGUUGUGCAUUUUAUCUGUGCUGUGAUUUUUUUUUUUUUUUUUAAUUACAAAUUGUAAAUAUAUUUUUUUUUAAUGCGUAGUUUGCAUAAAAGUUUAAGAAACGGUAAUUAUUUGAAUGGAACCUUGGCUUCAUUGCAGGAAGCAUGAUAGCUGGUUAUAUUGUUAGACUGUACAUGUCUUUAGAGUCCACUGUCAAACAGCUAGACUGACGCAGCAGUGACAUUACAGCCAGUUUCUUUUCUUUUUUUUCUUCUUUUUUUGUUUCUUUUGUUCCCACUAUAUCAAUCCUGUAACAAACUCCACAGAGCUACAAUAAACCACUCGUUGGCUUUUUUUACAUUCUUCUCGGCUUGUGACUUUUGAUUUAGUUCAAAGGUGUGUAAAUGACCUUUGAAUGGGCCGUAGCCUCAGUUUGCUACGUGAAAACAAUAAGGAUGUCGGCCCCGCUCAGCACCUCAUUAGUUAACAAAUAACCUCAAGUGUCUUGUCUUUGAUAUGUCAUUUCCAGUCCUUCAGCUAUUCAGUACUUUAAUUUGAAAAUGUGUUUUUGGCCAAGCCAUUUUUAAGGACAGAAGAAAGCCAUUUUUAGUAAUACAUUGUCUUUUUAAUUUAUAUAAAAAAAUUAGGGCACUGACUACGCUUGAUUCUCAGGAGAUCGUUUUUCUGGAUUGUCUCGAUCGGCGGUUCCUUUUAGUGCAGCAGACUUCUGAGAAAGGGCACGCACUGACCAGUCUAGUUGUAAACCGCAUCGCAGUAAUGGUUUUAUUUCCUUGUAUUGCUGAUUUCUGUAAACCCCGCUUUUUCAGUUUUGACGGCACUAGCUCAGCGCAGUGGGUUUAAAGUUUAAAAAAAACAGGCCGGAUUGCUCAUUUUCACCAGCAAACCUAGAAAGGGCUACACAGCAUCAUAACCAACAGCUCAUGAUGACCUUUCAAACUCCAACUUUUUUGUUUUUCUUCUUCAAACUGAAGGCGUGGUGGCUUGAUUUGAAAUUGUUCUGGCUCUUGUGUUGGUGACUGUGUGGCCCGGCAAUAACGGCAGCUCCCCAUAUCGGCGUUUCUCCACGUUAUUCUGGCACCCAGCUGAUGUUUUGACACUAGACUGACAUUUUAAAAGUUACACGAGGUCAGAUCAAUCCAACAAUUUGUCCUUUUUUUAAAAAUUUUUUUUCCCGUACUUGCCCAUGUUGAUAUUUAAUAAACAUGUAAAUACUAAAUGCACCACUAAUUCAGCCAUGCACGAAUGUUCAUGAAUUAAUAAAUGUGAUAAAGUAUUCGUUUGCGGCGUACUGCUGUGUGAUGAACUAUUUAAAUGUCUGGAGAGUUUGUGACUUCCUUUUUUUAAUUCUAGUGGAAACAUAAAAUCUAGCAGAAUGCAAGCUUUGGUUUUACAGUAUAAUCUAUAAUACGACAGACACUAUAUUUUUAUCGCUUUGUGUUGCAGGUUGUAUAUCAGGUCUUUUAUUAAAUCAACAGUGCAAAAGCUUUGAGGCUUUUUCAGAUUUGUUGUCUUUUCUAUCUGACAGUUUUUAAUAUUUGUGUUUGAAAAAUUGGGAUUGUAUUUUUUUUUUUUUUGUUAAUUUGUCUCUAUUAAAGUUAAAGAAGCUGGUAUGCAG